CCUCCGCAGACCUGGCCCUGCUCAGCCAGAGCCUCACCGAAGCCACCUUAGUCGAGUCUUACGUCCGGUGCCGCGCCCACUACCACCAGUGUUGCCCCUGCGGAGACUUUACUUCGGCUGCCCGAACGUAGGUUGAAGUGUUGUAUUUUGCAAAAAGUGCUGAGAUAGCAGGAAUUCGCUCAGAGACCAUUUCUGUGCCACGAGAAAUAAAAGCGUUUCAGCUGUGGAAUGAGAUAGAAGCGCGGCAUCCUGGAUUGGCCGAUGUCAGAAAUCAGGUGAUAUUUGCUGUCCGUCAAGAAUAUGUCGAGCUUGGAGAUCAGCUCCUCCAGCUUCAGUCGGGAGAUGAAAUUGCCAUUAUCCCCCCCAUUAGUGGAGGGUAGUGCUCAGCAGCCACUUGGGGAAGAUCUGAAUGAAGUUGAAGAGAAAUCUAAAGAUAUAAUAAAAUUCACUACUGAGAAGCUCUCCAUAGAUGAAGUCUCACAGUUGGUGAUUUCUCCACUCUGUGGUGCAUUAUCCCUAUUUGUAGGGACUACAAGAAAUAACUUUGAAGGGAAAAAAGUCAUUAGCUUAGAAUAUGAAGCAUAUCUCCCGAUGGCAGAAAAUGAAAUCAGAAAGAUCUGUAGUGACAUUAGGCAGAAAUGGCCAGUCAAACACAUAGCAGUGUUUCAUAGACUUGGCUUAGUUCCAGUGUCAGAAGCAAGCAUUAUCAUUGCUGUGUCCUCAGCCCAUAGGGCUUCAUCCCUCCAAGCUGUGAGCUAUGCCAUUGAUACUUUAAAAGCCAAGGUGCCCAUAUGGAAAAAGGAAAUGUAUGAAGAAUCAUCAUCAUCUUGGAAAAGAAACAAAGAAUGCUUUUGGGCAACCGUUGUAUUUUAAUGUACGGUGCAUACCAGACACUCAUUGGUGGUAGUUCUGCAGUAAGCUGCCCUUACAGCUUGGGUCACCAGAACUGAAAUGGGCAGAGUUGAGGAAGGCGUUUGAGAGAUCACCUGAUCUGGGAAUAGGAGACGUUUGUGCAUCGAUGUAGGUGGAAGCACGUGCCACCAGACCUUUGCAUGAGUGUGCCAUCCAUACAGUGAGGGCCAGUCGGUAAGCUUGCUAUGUAUCUUUCCUAACACAUAAUCACUUCAGCAUCUUUAAUCCUUAAAGUAUUUAAACCUUCCUGCUUACUACUAAUAGAAACUUCAGAUGACUGCUUUGGCAGGUUGCAACAGUUUGGCUAACCUUUUUUCCCCUCUCUAUUCCAAGCACACAUUUCAAGAGAGUAGUUUACUUUAGAGCAGUGCUUCUCAAACUUGAAUAUGUAAUGUAAUAUGAAUCAUCUGGGGAUUUUGUUAAACUUCCCCUUAGAAUUCAGUAGUUCUGGGUGGCGCCUGAGAUACGCAUUUUAUAGCAGGCUCUGGGUAAUGCAAUGCUGCCUAUCUGUGGACACACAUUUAGAGGCAAGGUUUACACCUAGUCCCUAAACCGUGAAGGUAGUUUAAGGUUCUUACAAACAUCCUGUGGUCACUGAUAGUAAUUUAAGAGAUUAGAUACAUCCUCACUCUUACUUUGCUUCAGGAUGUGUUCAAGACUCAAUGGGAGCUCCUAAGAUAAAUAUAGUGAAAUAGACAAGCCAUAGAAUUAAGUCCAAAGUAACAUAACUGUAUUUAUUUUCAAAACAAUUUUAAAUAAUUCAGUAAUGUGGUAUGAAAAGAGUAGUUUACAAUUAACAAGAGUUUUUCUCGUGUUGAUUACUUUUCCAAUUCGAUUUCUUUCUCAGAAAUGUACAAUUUGAUGCACAUGCAUACAUUUUUAUAUUUUUGGUGGAGAGAAAAAAGGCAAAAACCAGUUUAAAAAAAAGGCAACUAUACUUAUCACAUCUUAAAGAUUUAUACUUUACAUGAAGGAAAAUAUCCAAGACAAUUUCUCUUUAAAAAAUAUACAAUUCUAACAUAGUUGUGCGAUAUAUACAUUUUUAUUUUGACUUUAUCUGUCAAAAUCCAGCACAGAUGAAACCAUCUUUUUAUAUUUACAUAUGGCUACAUUUUCAUUAUUUAAGGGUCAAAGACGUAAUGAACAUUUUUAUUUCAAGCUUUACCCUCAUGUUUCUUUUACCUCUAGAUGUUUAGUCUUUCAAAUUGUUUAAAAUGAUUAUGGUUAAUGUACAUGAGGGGUAUCAUCCUGAAAAGUCGUGGAUGCAGGUAGUAUCUGUGUGCAAACUGAAAUAGCAAAGAUGGGCCAGGGUGCUGAGUUUGAGGGAUCCCGCUUUCUGUUUAAUGUCUUAAUUGAUGAGAUUUUUAAUAUAUUAACUUAUAGCUGUAUAUCAGAAUAGAUAAAUACAUUAUAAAAUUAUAAUAGUUUUUAGUAUAAUCACUUGGUGUGAUUAUGAUAAAUUGGUUUUAGUUUUCUUUUCACAGUUAAUAGAUAACUUCUAUUUUAUAAAAAGAACACUGCCAGCUAGAAAAAAAUUUCUUUCCAGUUGGGAGUUCUCCUUUUGCUGCUAAAAUGAAUGAUGCACCAUUUCAAGUCUCAAGGCAGCUUCCUCACAAACUAUUUCACAAAUGGCUUGUGUGGCAGCCGUGCAUGAAGCAGCUGUUUUUAAUCACAUUGUACAGAUCUUGUCUAUAUACCAUUUAUGAAAUGGAAACUUUAAGAUGGUAUCUUUUAAGCCCCAUAUUAUACUUACUUUUAAAACAAAAGUAUGGCUGAAGAGGAAUAUAUAUCUUUUUUUCAAGCAGUGGAUUUUGUUUUUAAUUUCUUGGAUAAAUACUCGCCUUUGCUUGAAAGUGCUUAGAGAAAUACUCACUAGAGCCCCUGCGUCAAAUUUUGAUCUGAUGACUGACAGAAGUUGUGUAUUUAUAUUUAGGCCACUUGCUGUUAGUGUAGUGGGGUUCUCAAUUGGGGCGAUUUUGCCUCCCAGGUGGCGUGAUACAAUAUCUGGAGAUAUUUGAUUGUCACAACUUAGGGGAGAGGAUGUUCCUGGCAUCUGGUAGAUGCCAGGGAUAAUGCCCAGGACAGUCCCCUGCAAGAAUGAAUUACCUGGCCCCUCCUGUCAGUAGUGUGCAGGCUGAGAAACCCUGCCCUAGGGUAAUAAAUGGUACAGAGACAAAUGGCUACGUUUUUUAGUUUGUAGUAACCCAGCUACCUCAUGGAGACAGUGCCGACAAGGUGGAUUUCCUAAGGCAUGGCUUGGCCAGAGCUCUCAAACUUGCCGUGGGUAUGUGACCUCCGUUUAGUGCUUCUCUAAGAAAGGGGGGGCAGAGUAAAAUGAAGGACCUGCUAGAAUUCUUCGUGUAGCACCCUGAAGAACUAGUAUGUCUAUGUGUACAGUAGUUACGUGGUUUAUUAAAUACUUUUUAUCAACUUAGUGAUGUUUCUCCUCUACUCUUUUAAAGAAGUUUUGGACUCAAAGCCCACACAACUGUUAUAAGAACUGGGCUCUAGCACAUUUAAAGAAUAUCAUGUUUUUGCUAUAAAUCCCUGACAUUUUAUGGCAAAUUUUCCCUCUAGUUUUGCUUUGUCAAAUACAAAAUAAAUCACUAAACAGUGCUGAUAGCUAGAUAGCUCACAGGAGUUGGGCCAGGAGGGACCAGAUGCACACAGGCAUAUACCUGUUUUCAAAGUCAGGUUUCGGACAGUUGUAAUUACAAGAAAUCCAGAUCAUAGACUUUUAAAGCUAAGAGCAUUGCUGCUGAAUUCCAACCCAGGCUUCCCAUUUUAUAAUGAGGACGUUGCAGUGUAAAGAGGCAAAGUGACUUGUCCAAAGCUUUAGGUAUGCAGUUUCUGACAUAAAGUAGUCCCUGUGCCUUUCUCCUAGUCUCUCCUGGAGAAUGUGUGGGCUCAAACAGAAAAAGUGCAGAAGGAGAAAUGAGUGGUGUAUCCCCAAGACAGUUCAUUUACAUCAGUGACUGGGAUGCUUGUUACAAUAUAGACUAGUGGGUUUCAUCCCAGUCUGACCAAGUAGAUGUCUCAGGAGUUGGGACCGACAAGCUACCUAGGGAGCAAAUGUGCCCAGGUGAGAGUCAUUCUUCUGGAAGUUUAAGUCCUCUAGCAAUGUACAAACACAGAGGCUGUACCUGCUAAUUUGGUGGUUUCCAAUAUCUCCUUGUAGUUUCUUACAAAUUCCUGAGAUUUUUUUUUUUAAUCUUUACACUGCUGAAAUUCCAACAGUUAGAAAUUCACUCUGGCUUAUUUUUCUUACCUGUUUACCAGUAAAGGAAAAUAGCUCCCUGGAGUUAAGGGGAUUAUUCACAUAAGUACGUGAGAUGAUUUUUCUUCCUCACACCUGGUAUAGAGCAGCUACCCUCCCCCCCCACCCCAACGAAUGGGAGAU